AUGGCUUCUGGCGAUGAAAUUCCCGCAAAAGAUCAAAAGGAACAAAGCAAGGAGGAGGUAAGGUGGUAGUAGAACUCCUGAGAACUACUUUCGUCAAUUUUGUAUCACUUUCGCUGGAUUGUUUGUUAAAAAAUCUGCCAAUGAGUUCGACAUGGUUAUGACUCCGCGUCGUGUGCACGGAACGAUGUAAAACGAAUAUUUCACAUAAUUUUAUCCAAGAAAAAAGGUUUAUGGUAAAAAUAACCACCAACACAUAUUGCUCUUAACCUGCCAAGAGUUUUUAAAGGUAUUCAUGAGGAAAUAACGUGAUAUUCACUAUUAGUAGUAAGUCAUUUUAAGACUUUACCUGGUAUUUUAAGUUUACUUACGCUUAUAUUCAGCCAUAAAUUUCACUUUUCUCCUGUCUAAAAUAAAAUAAAAUCGUGGUUAUAUCGGAAAGUAAAACUUACUGUCGCUUUGUAUGUAUUGCUGGUUUUCACGUGACGUCACGAUGGCCAUGUUGGUGGUCAUGAACAGAAGCAUUUCUCUCCUCUGGUUUCAUGUAUAAAUUCUUCAAGAAAAAAUUCUAUUAUAUUGAACCCCAACGCGGCAGCCCUCUCACAUGGUUGCAAACCAAGAAUAUGUGCACAUUCUCUAAAGUCGUGUUUUGAGACUGUAAAUUCUUUCCUGGUGUGCCUAAUCAAUCAAUAUCAAUCAUCAGAAGGCAAUCAAUUUAGGCGACAAUAAUUCAUCGAUUGAUAUCGAUUGGCAUAAUUGCUCAGUGAUAUUGAUACUCUCAAUUUAAGUUUUCUAAAUUGCUGUCAAUUUUUAUUGAUUAUUGUCAACUUUAAUUGGUAGGAUUAAGAAAAGUUAUUAAUAGCACUUUUUAAAAUGGGAUACUUAAGGAUACUUGAGGCCCCUGUUAGGGUAAAAUUCUGACAAGCUACAUGGCCUUGAAACAGUGACAUAGGACAGCAUGAAUGAUGACAAAUGACACAAAGAUGGGUUGAAACUGCGACAGCAAAAGACAAAAGCGCAAAUACAAUUGAAAAAUACCGAGAGUGACAUGGCUUCCUCCUCAUUACGCAAAAACAAGAGGUUUUGAACUUCAGACUAGGGACAUACGUAGCCUCCCUCAGAGAGCCUCAGUUCUGCAAAUAAAUAGAACUAGUGAGAGCUGAAUAUGAUUUGGUGGUGAGUACACACAAAGGGGUUACUCAGAAACAGUAUGACUGUUACCUCUUUGUGGCCACAUGAAUUAACUAUAGAGUGCUAAGCGCUCAUUUUUAAUUCAUAUAACAUUAAAAUCCUGGUAACUUGAACUCAGUGUCAAAUGGAUUUUCACUAACAAUGGACCAUCUGUAGCCUUCAAAUAGUUAAUACAGCCAUCUCCCCUUGCUCUCUGCUGCUAGGGACGUUUCACAGGAGAGACGUCUGUGCCUAAUGACAGAAAUUCCAUACUGAUGAUGAAUCUGGUCGGCAGCUCUGAUUGUUUGAUUUAGUACAGUCGACUCAUGAUAACUCAAACCUUCUAGGGAAGUUGAAGGAAGUGCGAGUUAUCAGGAGUUCGAGUUAUCGGUAGUUUAAAGCAAAUAUCCAGAAAUAAGCAAUUAAUAAGCAAAUGGAUGGGCAGGGAAUGCCAUUAACAAACGAAGUAAACAGGAAUGGACACUGAAUUUGGACUGGAGUGACAAAAAAGUAAAGACAAAGAAUUGACACGGUUGUUUUGAAAUAAAUCCACUGUCUCUGACUUCCCUACGCGGUUUUCUUUUCGACUUGUCAUGUGCUUAAAACAUGGUUCGAGUUACCGAGGGUAAAAUUAUGUAGAAAUGAUGUGAAGGGAAACAAAAAUUACUUCAAGUUAGUGGGAGGUUCAAGUUAUUGAGGGUUUGAGUUUACCAAGGGUAGAAUUACAGUAAAUGUAUGAAGGAAAUCCAGGGGAAGUCAACUUUGGUUCAAGUUAGUGUGAGCUUCGAGUUAGUGAGGGUUCAAGUUAUCGGGAGUCGACUGAAAUUGCAUUCUUUAAGUUGCUGUUUAUAAAUGACAGAUUAAAGACAAAGGCCACAGAGGUCAAAUGUAAAACCCAAUAAAUCUACCACAAAGCAGUCAUUAUUCUUGGAAUAUAUUCUUCUUUAAAAGAAACAUAUGAGUUUUGCUGCAACUCGUUCUCAGACGAACACAAGAAUUUACGAUAGUAAUAAUAAUAAUAACAAUUAUUAUUAUUAUUAUAACACCUCUUUUCCAUGCAAAAAAGAUCAAAAGCAGAUAAAUAGAUGAGCAGAAUACUAAAACUCAAACAAAUUUGCUUUAGGAACUCCUUGGCUACAAGAAUAAUUAAACCUUGAUGUACAUCAUCAUUAUAGAAUUUCUGUUGUUCAGGUGCAGAUGUCUCUCCCACGAAACAUCCCUAGUGGCAGGGGUUGAGGAGAGAUGGCUGUAUUCCCAGCCUAGACCAUCUCGAAGGUUGGGAAGAAAAACGAGGAAGGUCCAUUGUUUAUUCUUCACUUGUUGUUACAUGGACGUGAUUAUGCUUGUCUUGGGUUUUUAGCAGGAAAAGCCCAAAGAUGGUCAAUCAACAGGAGGUGCUUUAACUACCACACCGUCUUCAAAAAAACAUCCCCUACAAAAUAAAUGGGCUCUAUGGUUCUUCAAAAAUGACAAGACAAAAUCGUGGAAAGAUAAUCUCCGCCUGGUAACUUCUUUUGAUACUGUAUCCUUUCGUCCACCUUUUUGACUCAUGUGGUAGAGUGUUUUUUGUUUGUCUGUUUGUAUACAUGGUGCAUAUGAUACAUUUAUAGUCCAUUACCAGCAAAAACAGUGACCUGUCUCUGACAGUCCUUGCUAAAGUUUGUAAGCAGUACAUUUUUUUUAUACAAUAAAUUGAUAUUUUGUAAUAGUAUUAAUCCACAGAUACAUGUAAAUUCUUCUCUUUUGAUACCAUACAUGUGUACAUUGUACAAUCUUUGUAAACAUAAAGAUACCAUAAAACACACCACAUGUAUAACCUUAGAAACAGACAAGCUUGGAAGGAAAAACAUUAAGGAAACAACACAAAAAUCAGCAAGAGAGGAAGUUCAAUAUAAUGGUCAUUGUAUGAUCAAGCAUGACCAAGAUGUUGGAAAUAAUGCUACAUGUUUGCAUCACUCUACUUGCUGUAAGGGAGCAAAAUCUUCCUGUAAAUGUUAUUCAUAACCUGCAAUUCUCUUUUAAAAUAAUCUAAUGUGUGAAAAAGAUUUUUUUCUCACCACAGGCUAAAACUAAGAACUUAACAGUGUAAGAUAACUGAUGAGGAUUGCAUCAAACAUUGAGAAUAUUAUGACCACAGUUUUGUUAUAUCGCAUUUUUGAGAAUACAUGUCAUCCUUGACUUUUACUUCAAACAUUCAAGGUUGAAGAUUUUUGGGGGUAGGUACAACUACAUGGUUUUUGUUUAAUUCUUCAUCACAUUAGAGCCUAAACAAAGUAUUUUCAAGCUGCACAGUUUGCAGUCAUUUAUAUUUGCAGGCCUUUCUGGAUGUUCGUAGUGGAUUUUGAGAUUUGGUGUAAGGCCUGCUAAACUUAAAGUGCACUUAACUGUCAUUCUUGUACUCAUUCACUCUAAUAAAAAAAAUAAAAUUCACAAAAACUGAAUUUCUUUGUGGCAAAUGUUGAGAAACAAACAGUACUAUGGAGAUGUUCUCACAAAGAGGUUUCAUGUAAUUGGUAUAAGCACCCUUAUUUUUGUGUUGUCUACAGAUAUAUGUAAGGGCCUGUUUACAUGGAGGUGGGGGAUUCUGACCCACCUGUCAAUAUAAUCUCUCAUUUGGUCAACCUACCUAUCAUGUACAUACAUGAAUAAAAUGAGAGACUAUAAGGACAGGCAGGUUACCUCACCACCUGGGAUGUCCCAGCUCCAUGUAAACAGGCCCUAAGAGAGACAAGGGAAAAAAAAUGCACUUUAUUUGAGUGUCAAUGUAUUUAGCACGAAAGUGCUAAUUGGGGACACUAUUUUUACAUCUCCUACUGGAGGCGGGACCACCAUUUUACGUGGUCAUCCGAGCCACGCGAAGGUCUCGCCGCUUGCAGUGCAAAGGAAGUACCUUCAUUUCUCAGUUAUUUUAAGACCCUGAGUAUUGGUCCAGCCUCGGGAAUCGAACCCACGACCUCCCGCUCUGCAGUCAAGUUCUCUACUGACUGAGCUAAUCCUGCCGCGUUUGCUUCCUUCCUGCCAGUUGGUUCCUGCCGACUGGGCUAAUCCUGCCUGCCGAUUGAAAAAUCUUGCCGUAACAUGGUCCGUGGCGAGUGGAAGGGUUAUGAGUUGUUUAUUGUUCUGGUUGAAGUCAAGUCUCCAUUUAAUAUUGAAAAAGUUAAUGGAAAAACAAGGUUACGUAUUACUAACAUUAUGUAUGUUGUACUAUUUUUAAUUACUACUAUAGGACAUAUAACCAUAUUCAAGCUGCAAGCAAGUUGCAAUCUGGAUGUGAUUAUUCAUUGUUCAAGGUACAGGAGAAGAAAUUCAAUUUGCUGAUGGCUAGCUAAUUAUUUAACUUAGUGCAAUGUAAGCCUGCUCAAUUUAUGGAUUUUGUUUUUAUGUGAAAGCUCACUUGUUAAAAUUUAUCACCUGGUUCCCGCUCAUUAUUUUUCUAGAUUAGUAAAUAUAAUACAGUUGAACCUCCAUUUAGCGGCCACCCUUGAAAAACUGGCAAGUGGCAGUUUAAUGAAAGUUGUCAAUAGGGUUCGUCAUAAAUAAUAUUAUUGAGCACUUUAGCAGAAACAUCACUUUAUUUUGAAACAAAUAAAUGAGAGGAGAAGCAUAACAUUACUGGUCCACAAUCACUCAUCACCUUCUAUCUUAGAUGGUAUAUUCGUUCUUGAUAUUGAUCUUGAAAUGAAGCCAAACUAUUAAAAGUUGAUGGCUGCUUCAUAGAGGUGACAACAAUGGGAGAAAUCUUGUUGGGCAACCAAAAGGUGACCACGGUCCCAUUAGUAGAGGUGGCUGUUUGAUAAAGGCCAAACAUGGCGUCUCCAUACAAAGCUUUAUAAAUUUGGGUAAAACGUUUUUCCAAAUAUCUCGCAUAUGAACUAUUGCAUAGACCUGAUUCUUUGCAAGGCUUUUUGUAUAUUUAUCUUAUUUCAUAUCCCAGAUUCUAGACUUUCUGUAUUAAAAGGUUUCCAUUUUUAUUUUUGUUUUCUCACGUGAGUGAAAACCAAGAAUAGGCCAUUUGCACUAAGAGGUCAUGUGACAUUGUUUUUAUGACAUUAUGAAAGUUAUGAGUUUUUACCUUCGAAAAAUGAUAAGUGGGUCAUAUCUUAAACAAAAUAAUACUGAUUUGGUUUUUCAAACCUGAACCAUUUUCUUAAAAUAAGUAAGUUUGUAGCUGGUCACGUGACCAAAAUGUGAUUUUUAAAAUUAUGAGUUACCUCUUUCUGAAUGCAAAUUUUUGCACUUAAACUUCAAGGAAAAUGUUGAAAAGAUGAUGUGGUAACGUUUAAAGCACAUCUGAGCGUAACUCUCAAACGUUUAACAAGAUAUAAGCAAAAUUAGUUUUGGCCCGCCAUGUUGGAGGGCAAGAGUAUGCCCACCAACCUGCUGGCCAAAUUAUACAAAUCAUACUACUUUGUUGAAAAAUUAAAGUGCCAUAAAAUAACUCCCUUAAAUGCCUUUCCUCUCAAAUUUUGGGUGGAAGAUAAUUUUUAUGUGCUCUGUCAAUUUUUGGCAUCAGCAAGAGUCCAACUCAUUGUUUUAAGGAAGCAUUGGUCACGUGACCUCUUAGUGCAAGUGGCCUAUUAUUUUAGAACUUUGAUUAGCAGCCGUUUAAUAGAGGUGGCCGCUUAAUGGAGGUUCAACUGUCAUAUCAAUGCAUCUUAAUUACUUGAAACUUUUACCAAUCAUUGUUUGUUUCUCAUGAUUUAUUUGUUCAACAGGAAGGCAUCGAGCCAAUGUGGGAAGAUGAAAGAAACAGACAAGGGGGACGCUGGCUAGUAAAUACACAGAAAAAUUCUAGACAAGACCUUGACAGAUUAUGGGUUGAAACGGUAAUAAGAGUGUGCUGGAGUCCUUGUGAUUAACAAAAAUUAAUCAGCUCCUUUGCAAUUUUCUCUUCUUGUCUUUUGUUCAAAAACAUAACAUUACCCGGUAGAUAAACACUUCAGUAGCCUGUAAAUACAGCUGUCUGUCCUUGCUCCUCGUCACUAGAGAUGUUUUCUAGGAGAGAUCUUUGUGAUUUGGCGCCAUAAAUUCAAUACUGAGAAUAUGAAUCAACAUUUACACAGUAUUAAUCUGGUUGUGAUGGGGUCUAUAAAGUUUUGAGUUCUACUGGGAACAAGCAUCGGCAGAACCCAAAUGCUUCUUGUAAAGAAGAUUAUAUUCUAUGAAUAAAAACUGUUUUUGAGCAGAUUCAUCAUGUUUAUUACAUUUGAUCGUUGUGAUUUUUUUGUUUCUUUGUCUGUCAUUUGUAAACAGUUGCUAAAAAAUUUAAUUGCUACAAGUUGACCAAUCAGCACUGGUUGACCAGAUUCUGAACAAACAAUGUCAUCAACAUAGAAUUUUGGGGGUGGAAUCGCAGAUGUCUCUCCUGAAAACAUCAGUAGUGGCAAGGAGCAAGGAGAGACAUAAGAACAAAAGGCUGUAUUCGUAUUUUUCAGUAUAGCUUCCAAAAUACACUGAAAUGUGUUUUUCUCCAGGUCCCAAAAUUUAAAAUUUAUCUGUGAGUGAAGGAUUUUCAAACUGGUCUAAUGCUGCCAACUUAAACUGAUCAUUUUAGUGGCUGUCAUAAUUUUUUAAUUUGCUGAAAAUCACAGUCCAGGAAAAGUAGGGCACAUGCUAGGAUUUGCAGGUACAAUUAUUUCAUGAAAAAAUAUUGAAGUUUGUAACUAUUUUGUUAUAUAGUUGAUGCUUCUUAUUGGUGAGCAAUUUGGAGAUUGCUCUGAUAGUGUAUGUGGAGCUGUAGUUCAAAUCCGUACAAAGGGAGACAAACUGGCAAUAUGGACGAGUAACGCGUCAGAUCAAGAUACCAACCUCAGUAUAGGGUAUGAAACAGUUUUGUAUUUGAGUUUUUGAGUUUUAAUAGCAAAGGUGCACACAUACAUGUGCCUUCAUUGUAUUAGUUCCUAAUUUAGGGCUUUUUUCUAUGCAGGCGUAAAUUUAAAGAACGUCUUGGCCUUCCACGCAAGCUUGUUAUAGGUUAUCAGGUGAGAGAGAGAUUUAUUUAGUAUACAGUAAAACUGUCCGAAAUUGCGUGCAGCCAAUCAAACAUGCACGGUCAUUGUGAAAAAGGUUGUUAAUUUAUUAGGGAGCAUAAGCAACAACAAAGGUAGGAUGACUAGAAUGGCAAAAAAUCAGUAGGUCUAGAUGUACAAAAGAACAACUUAGCAUUUGCAUCAGGCUUUUUGGUACACUUAUUCCCACAAUACAUGAAACUUCCCAAUUUUUUGUUGUAUGGAGGACAUCAAAACAAAACGAUGAUUUUACUUUUAUUUUUCUGAUCUUAGAUACAGUCUUUAAAAUUCAACCCCUUAAAAAUUUGCAAACAUUUGACAUUUUAAAUGAAAUGGAAUAAGAGUGGUGAAGUUUGAAACAGCAAAAACUCUCUUUUAAAGUGCAUUUAAGUCUUUGCCAUCAUUGUUGUUUAGCUACCUAUUACUGCAUUAGUAAAAUCCAACUGGUGGUCUAUCAUCAAUGCUGCAUUCUGAUUAGUUGAGCUACUGCUAGGCUAUAUGUUGUAGCCCACUAGUAGCGAAAAGCACCGGAUUUUUGGCAGCAAAAAAAGGAUUAAAGUCUUACUUUAAGUUGUUUUUUCUCGAUACUUUUGACCAGCUAGUUGGAUUUUACUAAAACAUUAUUCAUGGCCUCUUGAGUCAAUAGCCCAUUUGGCCUUUGGCCUCAUGGGCUAUUGACUCAGAGCCCAUUCAGGCUUGAGGAAUAAUUGUUAAAUAUUCAUCAUUCUUUUAAUAAUGAUAAUUAUGACUCUACAUCAUUUUUUUUUCCUGUCAGGCACAUGAGGACACCAUGAGCAAAACAGGUUCUACUACUAAAUCAGUGUUCUCAUUAUGAUCUUAACAUAUUUUCUUAUAGACAAUAUCAGAGUCAACUGGUAUUUUAAGAAAACCUUAGGAUUUAUUCUAUUUAAUGAAGUUAAGUGGCUUGAAAACCACUGUCUGGCUUGUCAAAGGUCAGUUGCUCAUCCUGACUGUGGUGUGAAAAGAAAACACUGCGUGCUUAUACAGUUUGUAUGUGUUUACAUCAUUGUAUUUUCAAACAAUAUUUUGACGUUGUUAUUUGCACAACAACAACUCUUCUUUGUAAAAUUAUAUUUAGUCUAGUACAGUGUGACUUGACACUACAAAUAGUAACAAUUCAUUGUAAAUUUUAAUGUGCAAUCCUUGUAGUGUACUUGUACACCUUUGUAGGUUGUUCCAAUCAAAAAAUCACUUAGUGAAAAUCACUUGUAAUGAUCUUGAUUUCAAAUAGAAAAACAAAUAGCGGUGACUUUCAAAUGAUUUUUUGUGAGACAUUUUAACAUAAGUAAUGCAGCUGUUUUGUUUUCAUACUGUGGUCAGGUUGGUCACUGUUAAAUGACAUACAGGCUGUAUUAGCUGGUGAGAAGAGAACUCUCAUCUUGAGAGACUAAAAUUAUGGUGUAUUGACACUUGACAGAAAGCAAAAAGUCUAGGUUUUGUGUCAAAGACAAUGGAGCUUUAAACAUACGAUAAUAAUUACUGGACUGGGUUAUGUUUCCAUAACAUAAAUACAUGUUGUUUUGAGUUAGCCAUUUCCCAGCCCUCUAAUUAUAUUCAAGCUUAUGUGUAUAAUUAUUAAUUAUAAUUAUUUUGGGUAAUUUCUAAAUUUUGGUAACUACAGUGUAAUUACAGUAUAUUAUCAUCAUUGAGCAUGUGUUACUCCUUUUAGUAAAAUCCAACUAGUGGUCUAUUAUCAAUGCUGUGUUCUGAUUGGUUGAGCUACUACUAGGCUAUAUGUUUUAGCCCACUAGUAGCAAAAGGCACCAGCUUUGAAAACCAAAACAAUGGCGGCUGAAUCGCGUUUUGCUAGCUAAAGUUGUUUUGUCUCGAUAUUUUUUACCACCUAGUAGGUUUUUACUAAAACAAUAUUAUUCCUCGAGCCCGCAUGGCCUCUGAGUCAGUGUCCCAUUCGGCCUUCAGCCUUAUGGGCUAUUGACUCAGAGCACAUUCGGGCUCGAGGAAUAAUUUGUUAAGUAUUUAACUUAAGAAAGCAACCAUUUUAGUCAGUAUACAGGCACCUCAGUUAAAAUUGAUUUGGUUUAAACUAAUUUUGCCUUAAAUGCAUGCUGCCAUGAGUUAUCAUUGGUUUGCUUAGAAGGUAGAUCGCUUAACAACUGGAUUAAAAGGUAUGUGCUGUCAUUCUUUACAUAAAUGUACAAACUGAGUUGCGUUUGUAGAAGCCAGGUUAUGAAUCCAUGAAGCUUGAGAGCAAUAUUAUUGCUUGCUUAAAAAAAUCCACUUAUGCAAACUCCUUCGUUGAUGUGAUAUAGAAUGGUAUAUCUGCAAAUAUAUUUGCAAUUGCUCAGGCCCAAGUUGUUCAUAAAGGUCGUAGAAAUCAAUCAAUCAAUCGAUCGAUCAAUAAUCUAUAUGCUCGAAUUGAAGACAGCAAUAUAGGAAUAUAGUAUAGGGUAAACGAAAAGUUGUGUUCUCGCUUUCUCAAUUCAGCAGACCCGACUAUCUCGAACAGGCUAACAGCAACAAAAUGUGAAUAUCUUCGAGGAUAAAUUAAUAUAAAGCUCACACCACUAGAUGACGCAACUGGUUUCCCUAAGACGGAAUCAUUGGAUAGUUCAAGAUUUUAUUCGGUGGAUGGCGUUAUCCACUUUUUGAACAACUCGGGCCAGAGAGCUAAAUUGCUUAUAGACCAUUCUCACAUAUUUGGACUGUGUACAAGAGCACGAGCUAUAGUCAUCAGGUGACAGAAUACAGUGGUGUGUAUGGAUUUGAGUGCUCAAGCCUUGACCUUGUUUCAUCGAGUGUCCACUGCAGCAGAGUGCGUAACUUCUUACGUAACCUCAACUUACUGUGUUACUUUUACCUCAGCGAGUUGAACCCAAAGGGCCUGUGAUUGUGUAACAGGUCUUAGACAGUGUCUAGUAUUUUCAGCUGUAUUUUCAGGGACACUCAACGAUGGUUUCCUUCGAAAGAUGUUGAAAACACUUUUAAGGCUAUCCAGAGUACUUUGAGAUAUCUAGAAAUGUAUUCUAAGCGGCGCUAUAAAAUUUGUAUCUGUUCGGUCUUCUUAGGGGAACUUCAGUCUUUUCGAAAUUACGAGGGAUUCAGUAUUCACUUCUUUGAAUGCGAAAAUUUUAGGUUUCGUUUAUUCUACGAAAAAUAGCCUAACCUGGGGGGUGAAAUGUGAAAAAUUGAACUUCAGAAAGUGGUAGGGAAUUUAUUAGAUAAGCUUCCAAAAUUGCACAUGAAUGGAACGGUCAUUAAGCCUUCCUCAAGUAAUAGAAAACUCUAGGCAAUAUUUGCCUAUUUGAAAACAGUCGUUGGGUGCCCCUGUAUUUUGGCUAGAGCGUUGAGGAAUUUUCCACCGCGCUCAAUAAGAAAUGGAGCCCGAAGAAAGGUUCUUCUUUCGUAUUAUGUUUAUAGGCCGAUUUUCCAUUAUACGAAAAUGAAAUCAAGUGAAAUGACUUUGUAACGAGGAAAACCCAUAAGUACGAUGAGUCGUGGCCGCGUGGUUUGUACAUUGUAGUUUCCGUAAGUCUUUGUACUGUGUAUGAAUAUAGUGUAUGGUACUUUGUUACCUCUUCUGACAAAGUUAUAUUUGCAAUUAAUUUAAUUUAAACCUUAUUGAGAAGCAAGUCAUUUGAAGAGGUCAAGUUAAUGUUAUUUUGAACAAUUCUCAAUAAUAAUCUGGAUUGAUUUUGUUCUGCGCCACCUUAUUCACUGCAGUAAUUUUCUGCUAAACUUAAGAAUACCCCUAAUUUUGUAGGAGUAGUGCAAACUAGUACAACGUCGGAAAUCGUUAUGGCAUUGAGUGCCGGAUCCAGACCUUGAGAUAGGGGGGACGGGGGGGGGGGCGGUCAUCCAUCCCCUAGGAUAGCGGCAGAGGGGUCUACCAAAAAAAUUUUUUCGCCCCUACGUGCUUCCGUUUGGUCCUUUUGCGCAACAGUUGUUUGUGGAUCAAUUUUCGACAAAAUUAAAGAAUCCCCCUAUUGUUGGAGGAAUAGUGAAAAACAAUAAAGCGAGGGAAAUGGGUAGGGCAUGGGGGGCGGGAGCCAAGCUGUGAGGGGGGGGGGGGGGGGGGGGGGGCGGUCAUCCAUACCCUAAGAUAACGGUGGAGCGGUCUCCCAAAAAAAUUUUUUCAGCCCUUCGGGCCUCCGUUUGGUCCAAAAGUAAGGGGGGCCCUCCCCUGGAUCCGCCACUGGUAUAAUUGUUGUCU